GCGGAGGGGGCGCCGCGGGCGGGCGAUGUGAGCGCUGCGCUCUGAGCAGGAAUUCUCCAGACAGGUUAUGUCACCGGUAGAGGCUGCCCUGAAGCUCCCUGCAGCCUGGAGACUAUGUAUAAGAGGAAUGGUCUGAUGGCUAGCGUGUUGGUCACCUCCGCCACUCCACAGGGCAGCAGCAGCUCGGACUCUCUGGAGGGCCAGAGCUGCGACUAUGCCAGCAAGAGCUACGACGCCGUUGUCUUCGACGUCUUGAAAGUGACCCCAGAGGAGUUUGCUAGCCAGAUUACAUUAAUGGACAUACCCGUGUUUAAAGCCAUCCAGCCGGAGGAACUAGCCAGCUGUGGAUGGAGUAAGAAGGAGAAACACAGUCUCGCCCCCAACGUCGUGGCCUUUACCCGGAGGUUUAACCAGGUCAGUUUUUGGGUUGUACGAGAAAUUCUAACAGCACAGACUUUAAAAAUAAGGGCAGAAAUCCUGAGCCAUUUUGUGAAAAUAGCCAAGAAACUUCUAGAACUCAACAACCUUCAUUCUCUCAUGUCUGUGGUGUCAGCAUUACAAAGUGCUCCCAUCUUCAGGCUGACAAAAACCUGGGCUCUUUUGAAUCGAAAAGACAAGACCACCUUUGAGAAAUUGGACUAUCUGAUGUCUAAAGAAGAUAAUUACAAGCGGACUCGGGAAUAUAUCCGAAGCCUGAAGAUGGUUCCCAGUAUUCCCUAUCUAGGGAUCUAUCUUCUGGAUUUAAUCUACAUUGAUUCUGCAUAUCCUGCCUCAGGCAGCAUCAUGGAAAACGAACAAAGAUCCAAUCAGAUGAACAAUAUUCUCCGAAUAAUUGCGGAUUUACAAGUUUCCUGUAGCUACGAUCACCUCACCACCCUGCCCCACGUGCAGAAGUACCUGAAGUCCGUACGCUACAUUGAAGAGCUCCAGAAGUUUGUGGAAGAUGACAACUACAAACUGUCACUCAGAAUCGAACCAGGAAGCAGCUCUCCGAGACUAGUCUCUUCCAAGGAAGAUCUUGCAGGUCCCUCUGCUGGGUCCAGUUCUGCGAGGUUCAGUCGGAGGCCCACCUGUCCUGAUGCGUCCGUUGCCGGCAGCCUCCCCACACCUCCUGUACCCAGACACAGGAAGAGCCACAGCCUGGGCAACAAUAUGAUGUGUCAGUUGAGUGUAGUUGAGAGUAAAAGUGCGACAUUCCCAUCGGAGAAAGCGAGGCAUCUACUGGACGACAGUGUCCUAGAGUCCCGCAGCCCCCGCAGGGGCCUCACCCUCACCUCCUCCUCUGCUGUCACCAAUGGACUCUCCCUAGGCAGUAGUGAGAGCUCAGAGUUUAGUGAAGAGAUGUCUUCAGGGCUGGAAAGCAGGGGACGUCUGUAUGCCACGCUGGGGCCCAACUGGCGGGUUCCAGUUCAGAAUUCUCCCAGAACCCGGAGCUGCGUCUACAGCCCCACCGGCCCGUGCAUCUGUACUCUGGGGAGCGCAGCAGCAGUGCCCACCAUGGAAGGGCCUCUGAGAAGGAAAACCCUGCUCAAGGAAGGCCGGAAGCCGGCGCUGUCCUCAUGGACCAGGUACUGGGUCAUACUCUCAGGAUCCACCCUCCUGUACUACGGAGCCAAGUCCUUGCGGGGCACAGAUAGAAAACACUAUAAAUCCACACCUGGCAAAAAGGUCUCCAUCGUGGGCUGGAUGGUGCAGCUGCCUGACGACCCCGAGCACCCAGAUAUCUUCCAGCUGAAUAACCCUGACAAAGGCAAUGUUUACAAGUUUCAGACUGGUUCCCGAUUCCAUGCAAUACUGUGGCACAAGCAUUUGGACGAUGCGUGUAAAAGCAACAGGCCUCAGGUACCUGCAAACCUUAUGUCAUUUGAGUAAGUCUCUGCAGGACGUGGCGUGACUUCAGAGGCUUCUGGGAGCCCAGGCUGGGCCUGGUGGAGAAGAGCCGUCCUGGGCACAGGCUGUGGGCCAGGGUGCCGGGAGACUCACAGCUGGACUCAGGGGACACGGCCUGUGGCCUCACAGUCCCAGAGGGCUCCACCAGUGCGGGAUCGACCUGUCAGUCCCCAGCGACUCUCAUGGCACUCAUCCUGCAGCAUCACCUCUUGGGGCGGAGUUCGGACCCCAAACUGUACACCCCGCCCUCCCUCUCUGGGCCCCCAUCUGUCCACCAGCUGCUUCUGCGACUAGAAAGCAUUCAGCCCAUGUUGGGUCCUCAGUGCUUUCUGCUGCACAAAGAGUGGACAGUGUUAACCCGCGGAAGGGGCCCGAGAGAAAGAACAGGCUGUGGAACAGGCUUUUUACACCCCAAGUGCACGGGGUUGCUCGCCCACAGGGCUGCCUCAGAUUUUGUACAACCCCCGAAGCAUCCUCUGUGUGUGCGUGCGAGUGAGUGUGAACUCUUUGAGAAACAUGCAUUUUGGCACAAGACUUGCGACAUCACACACUUCAUUCGCUUUGAGGCCCUGCUUUAACCUUAGGUUAUAGCCUUGUCCACCAAGGAAGGUGAGAGUGAGAGCCCAGAUCCCUCCUGUGUUAAGGGUCCCUAGCAUUCUUUUACUGUAAACAAACAAUGCCUU